AUGGCCGACCUAAAUGGUGGCUCAGAACUGAGCCAACCGCAGCUCAAUCUCACGCCAGAGGAGAAACGAGUCUUCGGCCAGCUAUUCCAGCAAGCGGACGCUGAUAAUUUGGGCGUCGUCACUGGUGAAGUUGCCGUCAAAUUCUUCGAGAGAACAAAAUUAGCGCCCUCAGUGCUCGGCGAGAUAUGGCAGAUUGCAGACACUGAGAAUCGAGGCCUUCUUACACCAGCAGGCUUUGGAAUUGUUCUGAGGUUGAUUGGACAUUACCAGGCUGGACGAGAGCUUACGCCUGAUCUGGCAUACAAGCCUGGCCCCCUCCCCAGAUUUGACGGUCUAGCAGGACCACCUCCCGCUUCGUCUACGCCAACUAUUCCUGCUGGUGGAAUUCAGCCUCAAUCUAGUGGAGGGCCUAUAAGAGUGCCACCUCUUACCCCUGAAAAGGCUAACGAAUAUGCUUCGCUGUUUGAAAAGUCCGGAGCGCAGAAUGGCGUGCUUCCAGGCGAGACAGCAAAACAGAUUUUCGAGCGGGCUAGACUCCCAAAUGAGGUUUUGGGUCGGAUAUGGAAUCUCGCCGAUACUGAACAACGUGGCGCAUUAGGUGUAACAGAGUUCAUUGUCGCGAUGCAUCUACUGGCUUCGUUUAAAAGCGGUGCUCUGCGUGCUCUUCCCCAGAUUCUUCCUUCUGGGCUCUACGAAGCAGCGUCUCGCCGCGGGCCUCCACCGCAACGACCGCAGCCCACCGGAAUGUAUGCCGCGCCGUCACCGCGACCGGGAGAUGUGCAUCCAAUGGCAGCAAUCCCUAGACAAUUUAGCGGAGCUAGUGGUCGGCCACAGAGUCCUAUGAGUCGGUCUUCAUUCGCAGCUCCUCCUCAAUCAGCUCAAUCAACGGGUACCGACUGGGCCAUUGGUCCCCAAGACAAGGCUCAAUUCGACUCAAUCUUUUCCACUCUCGAUAAGGCGAAUCUUGGAUUCAUCACCGGAGACCAAGCUGUGGCGUUCUUUGGCAACUCGAAACUUCCAGAGGAGGUCCUCGCACAAGUCUGGGAUCUUGCAGAUAUCAACUCCGAAGGCAAAUUGAAUCGAGACGAGUUUGCGGUUGCAAUGCAUUUGAUUCGGCAGCAGAGAAUGAAGCGUGGCGUUCUUCCUGCAGCGCUGCCUCCGAACCUCAUUCCCCCCAGUAUGCGGGCUCAAGUGCGGCCUCCCCCUGCAGCGCCCAUGCCUCCCCAAUCUGCCCCAUCGUUUGAUGUUCCACCGCCUGUCCAGCCGCCGAAAUCAGCCUCUGAGGACCUUUUUGGUCUUGACGCUUUUGCACCUGCCAGCCCUCCCCCGGCGCAAGUUCCUCAGUCUACUGGAGGGUCCGGCACUUUUGCACCGCGUCCUUUUGAGGGAGAUCCUUUCGGUGCCAGUUCCAAGCCUCCCAUUACUGCUUCACCAUUAAGCACACAUACAAACUCGCCUCCGGCUCCCACGUCUGUCUUCAAGCCUUUUAUUCCAUCGUCUUCCUUUGGGCAGUCUAUGCUUUCCACCCAACCAACUGGAGGAUCCAACGCAUCUGCUCCGUCGCAGACCCGGAGCUUGCAAUCGCCCCCACCUCAACCUGCCGUGGAGGAUGAUCUGCUUGGCGAUAAUGAUCCUGAAGUAAGCAAGAAGCUUACUCAGGAGACGACUGAGCUAGCAAAUCUUUCGAACCAAGUUGGAACCCUGUCAAAGCAAAUGCAAGAGCUCAAGACAAAACGUGUCUCUACAGGGUCGGAGUUGACUCAAAACACAUCGCAGAAGCGAGACUUCGAGUUGCGUCUGUCCCAGCUUCGUGGACUGUAUGAGCAAGAAGUCAAAGACGUCAAGGCCCUUGAGGAGCGUCUGGCCGCCAGCCGCAGCGAGACACGUAAACUUCAACAGGACAUUGCAAUGAUUGAAGGACUGCAUCAGGAUCUGCAAGGCCAACAUCGUCAGGUUGUGGGAGCUUUGGAGGCAGAUCAGGCAGAGAAUGCCAGAUUGAAGGAACAGAUGCGUGUGGUCAAUGCUGAGAUUAGCCAACUGCGACCCGCUUUGGAUAAGCUGCGGUCCGAUGCUCGCCAACAGCGUGGAAUGGUUGCAAUCAAUAAAAAGCAGCUUGCUACCAACGAGGGUGAGAGAGACAAGGUGAGGACUGAGAUGCAAGAUGUGAGUCGGGCAAUAGAAGAAGAUACCCGCGCACUGCAAGCGGCCUCCCAAACUCAGAGCCCGCAGGCUGUUGGCAGUCCGGCAGCUUCGACAACGAGCCAGAGCACAAACCCCUUUUUCAGACGAUCUCCUCCACCGACUGCGGAAAACACAAUGUCCCCUUCUCCGUUUGCAAGGGAGAACGUGCCGCAGGACCAGAACACUUUCGAAAAUGUCUUUGGCCCUUCAUUUGCGUCUCCAUCAGCAGGACCGCCGCCGUCUACGUCUUUCAGGUCGGAGUCACAGGCCCGUGACCUUGCUGGCCCGUCUGUGCCCUCUGGCCAGUCAGUUCGCUCGUCAGAAGGUCCAGAUCUCCCAACUCCUUCAACUUCGCCGCCACCUUCGUCGGCCCGUGACUCCCCCCGUGGAGCCGAUGUGCCCCCUCCCCCAGAGUCCAGGCAGAUUACAUCUAACUUCCUUCCCCUUCGCGCGCACGUCCCGCGAGCAGAUUCAUUCAGCUCAUCGGUAAAGGUGUCAGCUCCCGCAAGUAGGUAUGGUGGCGAUCAAUCUGGAUUUGAUACUCCCACAAACUGGGUUGAAUCUAUCACUCCCACCCCAAGCCAGGAGAAGGACUUCACCAGAGGACUCGAGCGGUCGGAUACCAAUAAGACGGAGACUGGAACGGUUCCUCCAUCCACGUUGGAUCGUAAUAUUACUGCUUCGCCAACUAGUAGCGACGCGCCAAGACCUUCAUCUAGCGCCCCUAGGGAGUCUGUCCCGGGUGCUUUCCCGACCGACGUUACAUCACCCAUUCAGCCAAUGCCCACUGGUGAAAGCACUUUGAGCGAGAGAAGCAAAGCCAGCAGCCGACCGUCUGAAGGAUUCCAAAGCACGAGAUCGGACCCAUUUGCGCUGAGUAGAGAUCAGCGAGCCCCCAGCGCCGCCAAGGAUGACUUUGAUGCCGCUUUUGCAGGGUUUGGACCUUCGAGACAGAUUCAAGAGCGACAACAUACUGGCGGCUCAUCUGUGGAUGGAUCGACAGGUGCAAGUCGAUUCAACCAGGAAUUCCCUCCGAUUGAGGAAUUUGGUCAGGAUGAUGAAAGCGAUAGCAACAGCGAGCAAGGCUUUGACGAUAACUUUGCCCCCGCCUCGCCUCAGCAUGUGCGGAAGGAAAGCGCCGACCAGAGUCAGAGCAUCCACCAACCCCAGGCCUCCUCGCGGCCUGCCACCGGUGCUGCCGAGCCCGUUGACGACUUUUUCCGGUCGCGUCCUUCAGUAGCGCAUGUUGAAUCGACCUCGAGUCUCCCUACUCCGGGUGCGCAGAAAUCACCACCUCCAUAUGACCAAGCCGUGUCGCCCUCGACGAGUACGCGACGCGAGUCCAACCAAUUUCCUCCAGAGUUCGGUGGAUUGCUUCCAUCUCGGCAAGAUCCCACCCACCCUGCCGGCUCCCAGUCUCCUGAGAAGACGUUUAGCUCGCCCACGAUGGGUGGCCAGUCUCUCUUUGGCGGUGCUGGUCCCUCCAAAGGCGCCCAGCCUACGUCAACAGCUCCCACCUCGUUCCCCUCUUCUUCACCACCGCUGUCAAACACGCCCCUUUCGACCGCGCCCUCGGACGCAUAUCAGUCCGCUGUGUCUCACCCCAGCGUCGGGAAAGGGCCAUCGCCCCAGUCCGGAGCUCAAGCUCCCCAGCCGCAACAACCGGCAAAGCCAUCGUUUGACGAGUUUGACGACUUCGCCGACCUCGCUGAUGCAAAGGAAGUCGACGACCGAGAGCCGGAUGAGUUUGGCGCUGCUUCUCACAGCCGUGAAGGUCUAGACGAGUUUAAUCCCGUGUUUGACACUCCUGUGGCGUCAAAGGCGAACACCAUGGCGUCGUCACAAACUGCAACUGGCAACACGCUUCAUGGCGACGACCAUUUCAAUGACUUCGAGCACAACAUUGGUGGCGGCCUCCAAGCCUCGGGCAAGGCACCUCAACAGCCUUCUGCCACCUCCGAGGACUGGGAUGCCAUCUUUGCUGGUCUCAAUGCUCCUGGUGGUGCCGGCCCGAGUCAGCCUGCCGCGGGCGCUGCACGUGACGAUGACCCGUUCGGCUCGUCAUCGGUUUCUCGUCCAGAGAAUGGUCGAGGCUCUGGUGGUGAGGGAGAACUCUUGCCAUCGACGGCUUCUCCGCUUCCUGGUUUAGGUCGUGCUAUUAGCAGCGGUACUGAGCACGAUGAUCCGAUCUUAAAGAAGCUCACUUCCAUGGGUUAUCCUCGCGACCAGGCGUUGCAGGCGCUUGAACGAUAUGACUACAACAUUGACAAGGUGAGCAAGGGUGGCUGGGAUUGA